GCAUCGUAAAGUUCUGCUGCGGAAGAGGGGAUGCUAAGGAGAUGGCUCAACUUAGAUAGCCCUGUGUUUUUCCAAUAAUAUUUUCGCCAUGGAUGCACUUUGGAGGAAAUCUAGAAACAGAGGACGGCUGCUUGUGUUUGCAGCAGUCUUUGUGUGGUAUGCAGGGUCUGUGAGCUGUUUCGGUCAGAGCCAAGACAGCGAGUUUACGUUUCUGUUGCCAGCAGGAAGAUCCGAGUGUUUCUUUCAAAACGCAGUAAAGAACGGUACGAUGGAGGUCGAAUAUCAGGUAAUAGCAGGUGCUGGUAUGGAUGUAGACUUCACAGUAGUCUCCCCUCAGGGCAUCCGGCUCAUAUAUGAGUCACGACGCUCUGAUGGAGUCCACGUGGUGGAGCCCACAGAGGAGGGAGACUAUGAAAUCUGUUUUGACAACAGCUUCAGUCGCUUCUCAGAAAAGAUGGUGUUCUUUGAGAUCAUUAUUGAGGGCCAAGGAGGAGAUGUGGGAGGAGAUGAUGAGUGGGCGGGCUUAGAGGAGCCUGAGGGAAGCCUUCUUGAAUACAAACUGGAAGACAUCAGGGAAUCCAUGGAAUCUCUUUACAAACGCUUGGAGCGCAGCCGACAGAUGCAGACGGUGCUGCGCGCUUUCGAGGCACGGGACCGAAACCUUUUGGAAGAUAACCUGUGGAGAGUCUCGUUCUGGUCGUGUGCCAGCGUGGUGGUGAUGUUGUGCGUGGCUCUUACACAGGUCUACACAGUCCGCAAACUGUUUGAUGAUAAGCGGAGGGUCCGCACAUAGAGGGAUUGUUUUGAAGUAAUACAUGACAGACCGGGAAGAAAAUCAGCUGAGAACAAGGCAUUUGGUUACCCAUUCAAAUUAUUACUAUUGUGUAUUAUUGCUCUUAUAAUCCACAUGGACACAAACAGUCACAAUAAAUUCUGCUGGAGUUGUAUUUAAUUUCUGAGACCUUGUUCCACAUUUCUUUGUGAGCAAUAAGUAACAUUGUUACACCCUUAAGGGUAACCAGAUGAGUAAAGGGUUUAGGAAGUUUAGGUUAGUUAGUCAUUUCUGUCAUUUAGUGCCUUUAACGUCAGAUCUUACCACAAGCCAUCGAGGAAAUGUUGUCCUGUUGUACUGUCCCAUACUUCUGAAACUGUGUAAAGGUUUUGGGAAAUUUUCACCAAAGGUGUCAUUACCUUUGAAGGUCAAUAGUGUAACAACACUUAACAAUUGAUCUGUGUAACUUCUUUGACUGCUGGUUUACAGGGGAUAACAUUGUGCAAUAGUGUUGCUGGCUUAUUUGUCCUCAACAGAUCCUGCCAUCGUAACAGCGAUUUUAAUUGUCAUCACUCCAAGUGUUUCCUCGGUUAUAGCCU